GCGGCGGCGGAGCAGGCCCGUCAGGUUCGGCGGAGGGCUUCAGCAUCUCGCUGAUGCGAUGCCGAUGGCGGCUGGCAGCUUCUACCUUGUUCGGUUUAAUGUGACUGGUCGAGAGAUCUGGCACGAACGGCUCGUCAUCCAGGGGGCGUUCAUCAUGUCUCCUGAUGGCGACGUCUACCACGAGGACCAGGUGCUCUCCAGGGACGUCACGGGCAUCAAGCCGCUGAGCGGGCAGGGCGCCGCGGUCGACGGGAUCGAGGCGGCGAGUGUGUACCGCUUCAAGCGGCUCCCCACGGCGGUGCAGGUGUGGGACGCGCUGCGCGAGGCGGCGGCAGGCGGUGCUGCGGCGCUCCCGCACGAGGACUUCGCGCUGGAGCUCGGGAUGGCGCCUGGGCCGCCCUUCCUGCGCGACCCGCUCGCGGCCCCCGUGCCUGCCGCGGCGGGUCCGCUGGUGGCCGCGGCGCCGCCUGCGCUGGGGGCUGCCUCCGCGCCUCUCGCGCCUCCCGGCCCCUUGGGGGAUGCGCUGGCCACGGCGCUCAGGCCUGGCGCUCCUCCUGGUGCUCACGCUGGAGGCACGGCCACGCCUCCUGCGGGAGAGCCCCCGAGCAACGGCUUCCGCGUCCUCGCGGUGGUGAUGGACUCGCGGGGUCGCCGCGACCGCUCCUUCGGCGACGCGCUCAAGGAGCAGACUGAGUGCGAGCGUGACGACUGGCCCGUGCUUGGGCCUCAGACGUUGCUCUGGGUCCUCCAGCUCAUGCUUCGGAUGGCUGGAGGUGCUGUCGCGUGGCACACGCGGUGGCUCGCCGUCAUGGGCCUGGCCGAAGGCGACGAGGCGGCGAAGCAGCACGAGACCAUCUGCCGCAUCCUGGAGACGUCGAUGGUGUACGACCAGCUCGUCAUCACCGAGCUGGCCAGCUUCGAGUAUCUUGCUCGGCAGCUGCAGCUGAUCGAGGAGAGGGUCUACGACGAGAAGACCUCCGCGCAGCUCGUGGCGCGGCUUGGCGCCGGUGGUGCAACGAGGGUAUCGACGCACUUAACUGGCUCCAUGAUCGUUCUGCUGCGGGACAUCUCGCGGGUGAGGAUGUGGUCCGCUCCCAGGCGCAGCUCGCUGUCGUCGGAGAGCUGCAAGAGCAUUACCGUCGUUUUGAGUUGCCUCCUGGGCACAGUGAGCAACGCCAGUUUUGUGAAGAAUCCCUCGCAGAGGUGCUCUCUACGGCCCCAGAGCGACCUGGUGGCAGCAGGGUACGUCGACAACUUCUGCGUCGUGUCCCAGUCAGCCGCUUUGGCGACCGCCAAGGCUCGGGAGCCGGCGCAGACGCUGACCUCUAGAGGCUUGCCCGUGCACGCCUUCGCUGAGGCCCAGACGGAGGGCGUCUUUACGGGCAUCCAGUUCUCGGGCAAGACAGGGAUGCUGCGCGCGAGGCCCGACCGCCUCGCCCGCCUGCGGCAGGCCAUCCUGGCCCUCUUGAGCCGCGGGUCUGCGUCGCGCGGGGCCCUGACCUCUAUAGUGGGUCACGCCGCGUGGGCUAUGAUCGUGCGGAGAGAGUGCCUGUCGAUAUUCAAUGGUGUUUAUCGUUUCAUUCAAGUCGCGGGUCCCACCCCCAUGCAGCUAUGGCCCUCAGUCCGACAGAAACUCUCAGCCGUGGCCGCUCUGUUGCCGUUGAUGUGGGCGUCCUCUCGCGUGCCUUGGCUAGGCGCCCUCUACGCCUCAGAUGCCUCGCCGUGCGGGAAGGGUGCGUGCACGAAAAAGCUGGGCCCUCUCGUCGUCUCGUCCACGGGCCGUGUUGCAGAGAAGUGGAGGUGCAGAGUCCGUUCGAAGGUGGGGGAGGUGAUGGGGGUGCUCAAGAUGCUGCUGUCGGCGCUCGACGUCCAGCGGUCUCUUCGACACCCAGGGCUGCCGCAGUUGCUGAGGGGGGAGACCUCGUUCCUCGAGAAUGCCGCGGUGACGCAGCGGACACAGGACUUCUACCACGCUCACGCCGCCCGCUUCCGCCAGUGGUGCACGUGGGCGGGGCAGUCGUUCGAGACUGCCGCCGAGCUGGGCGCGCUGCUGCUGGUCUUCCUCGGGAACCUCUGCGUGGGCGGGUUCGACGCCGCGACGGGGCGCAUGACGAUGGCAGCCCUUCGCCACCUGUUGCCGCGCUUGCUGGCGGGCCCCCGCGCUCUGCCGAGAGCCACGCGGGCUCUCAAGGGCUGGGGCCGCCUAGUGCCGCCGCAGAUGCGGCUCCCGCUGCCGGGCUUGGCGAUGCUCGCCGUGGUCGGCCUCCUGAUCCAGGACAGGAGGUUCGCGGAGGCGGUCUUCGUGAGGCUGGCGUUCGACGCCUACCUCAGGUCCAGCGAGGCCUAUCGCCUGGUGGCGGCCAGCCUGGUGGAGCCGCGCGCGGGGUCAGUCGACGGCUAUCAGCACUGGGGCAUGAUCGUGAACGGCGCGACGGCGGGCGGCCCUGGCAAGACGGGUGUGACCGACGAGAGCGUCAUCAUCGACAACGCGAGCUUGUGGCCCCUCCUCCAGGGCUUGAAGCGCCACCGCGCUCCGAUGGAUCCGCCGCGGAGCUUCGCGCCCUCGGUGAUCCGCCAGGUCUUCCGCGAGGCGUUGGUCGGGCUCGGCGUCUGGGGCGGCGUCUCGACCCUGUGCGCGCUCAGGCACGGGGGGGCCUCCGACGACCUCCUGUCGGGCCGCCGAUCGAGGGCGGAGGUCGAGGGCCGCGGGAGAUGGGUCACCGACGCCUCCCUCAAGCGCUACGCCAAGCGGUCUCGGAUGCAGCAGCUCAUCGCCGCGCUCCCGCAGUGCGUUGUGGCGCUGGGCAGCGCCGUGGACGGGCGCGAGGCAGAGCUCAUCUCGACGAUGGCGACUAUGGGGGCGUGUUCGCUGCCGCCUCUGCCACCCGAUCUGCCGGCUGCGAAGCGGCCCGAGCGGGUUCGCGCCCCCCAGCUGAGCCGCAGGUGGCGCUUCGGUUGA